ACUUGGUCGGUUUUUACUAAACGUAGACAACAAUCCAGUUCCACUUCCAGUACCAGCGACUGGCACUGGCGAUGACGGUGUAUGAUAAUUCGACCAACUUCAUCAUCAGUAUCUGAUUGUCUUCCAAGGUGUUGAACCGCGUCGUAUUCGAACCAUCGAGUGAACGUUUUACGUCUUCGUGAUACCUUCGAGUUCUUCCAUGUGUUCCAGCUGCUCUCAGGUUGGAAAUUAAAGAUGUGAUAGUUCGGGGGUGAAUUCAAUUUUUCGACCAAAUAAUGCGUGUUUUUUCUUACUGUGUCGUUGCUAUUUUUUUAAGUGUUAAUUAGUGAAUAGAAUUAGUGUUUUGUUAUGCCGGUAAGCUAUGUUCAUGGUGGUCUCGAAACUAAGACCUAGAAGGAUAUCAGUUGGUCUUACAUUUAUUCUGUACGUACUGUUAUGGAUUCGUAAUGCAUAUUGCCAAGAUGGCAAAAUACUUUGCGGAAGUCCAGCUGUGCCGGUGAACGCCCACGUGAGCGUAUCUUCAGAAGUGCCAAUACCAGGUUCCAUUGCAACUUAUGCAUGCGACGAUGGAUACGAAUUGUUCGGGUCAAAAACAGCCGAAUGUUCGUCGAACGGAGUAUGGAUCGGAGAUUUACCUUUCUGCGGUGUGAACGUGGCAGUUCGAAGGCCGACCAAUCAGUCGUCAACUGUACGAGGUGGAGGUGCUGCAAAUGCCAACGAUGGCGAAAAAACCACCGUCCACGAUGGCAAAAGAUGUACGGAAACGAUGAAGGAAACCUCACCCUGGUGGCAGGUUGAUUUAUUGAAGCCAUAUCCUAUCCGUGUCGUCAGAGUUACCACUAGAGGAUGUUGCGGACAUCAGCCAUUACAAGAUCUUGAAAUCAGAGUCGGUAAUAGUAGCUUGGAGUUGCAAAGGAAUCCGUUAUGCGCCUGGUUUCCAGGCACCAUAGAGGAAGGUGUAACCAAAACGUUUACUUGCGCUCGUACCAUAAUUGGGCAACAUGUGUUUAUACAACUGGUUGGAACCGAAGGCUCGUUAUCUGUAUGCGAAGUAGAAGUAUUCACUACUGAUGAAUUUAGUAACGACCGUUGCGCACCUACUGGACUUUCGAACGAUGCUGAACUGGCAUCUUUUAGCAGAACGUGCUACGAGUUCAAUGUCGGUAAAGGAGGAUCGUUCGACGAAGCCAGAGCCAGAUGUAGACAAAAUAACGGCGAUUUGCUGCACGGAUUCAAAGGUGCUACGACCUCUUUCCUUAUGGGUGAAUUGGAAAGGAGGAAGGAUAAAAUGAAAACUCAGCUGGUUUGGAUCGGAGCCCAAAAAGAACCUGGGGUGUUGUCGAGGACGUGGAAAUGGGUCGAUGGUGAGGUCAUCAGUAAGCCAUCGUGGGGUAAAGAUCAGCCUAAUAAUUAUAACGGUGAACAGAACUGCGUUGUGCUCGAUGGAGGAAGAAACUGGCAGUGGAAUGAUGUGGGAUGUAAUUUAGAUUACUUGUUGUGGAUUUGCCAGAAUAAACCUUCAUUUUGCGGCAGCGCCGAUAAGAAAGUCAAUACGACGAUAGUAGGAAACGAGAGAGCGAUCGGUGCUGUGAUCGAAUAUCGAUGUCCGGAAGAUUACGUAAUAAUUGGCGAUCGAAACAGGACAUGUACCAAAGAUGGCUUCUGGUCUGGUCAAGCACCUUCUUGCACGUAUGUGAACUGUGGUCCUUUACGUGGCAUAGAGAAUGGCGACGUAAUCUUAGUGAAUAAUCGAACGACUUACGAUGCGAAAGCAGUCUACAAAUGCCAUUUAAAUUACACUCUGGUUGGCCAAGAUAGCAGGAAAUGUACUGAAGAAGGUGUUUGGUCCGGUCAACCACCUCAGUGCUUGUACGACUGGUGCCCGGAACCACCCCAAAUUCAAGGCGGUACUGUCACCACGAAUGGUAAACGAACCGGAUCCAAAGCCACUUAUAAAUGCCAUACAGGAUACAUAUUAUUCGGUCACCAGGAAUUGACCUGCGACGUGGGCGGAGAAUGGUCUGGUAAAGCUCCCUCGUGCCGUUACAUCGAUUGCGGUACACCAGCGAUGAUUGAAAACGGUCAAUUCCAACUAGUCAACGGGUCAACGACCUUCGGCAGCAUUGUCGAGUACUCGUGCACCGAAGAUUACUGGCUAGAGCCUCAAAACCGCCGAAGACAGAUGUGCCUCAGGGAGGGAAAAUGGUCCUCCGAGGCUCCGACCUGCGAACUGAUAACUUGUGGCGAGCCUGAGCUACCUGCAGGUGGAUACGUGGUCGGUUAUGAUUUCAAUGUGCAUUCGAAAAUCGAAUUCCAUUGCGAACCCGGGUACUUGCUGAUUGGUCAAAGUUUACUCGAAUGUACUACGCAGGGUGAAUGGAACGUGAAUCCUCCUACGUGUCAAUAUAUCGAUUGCGGUAAAAUACCUCCUCUGGUUUACGGAUCGAUUAAUUAUUUGAAUAAUACGACUCAUUUGGACUCUGAGAUCUCAUACAGCUGUGUUCGAAACUACCGAUUGGUCGGAUCUCCUACGCGUAAAUGUCUAGAAAAUCAAUCGUGGAGUGGAACUGCUGCUCGAUGCGAAGAGAUCAGAUGCCCCGAACCAGUGGUGCCAGAUCACAGCAUAAUAUCGGUGACAGGAAACGAUCGAGUAUAUGGACGAACGUCGAUUCGAACAUCGAACGAUGCCUCUAGCCAAACUACCUAUAAAAUCGGAGCUUUAGUCAAGUAUCGUUGCGAAAGAGGGUAUAAAAUUUUAGGCGAAUCUUUGAGCACUUGCGAAGAUGACGGUACAUGGAGUCGAGAAGUACCCCAAUGUCUUUUUGUUGAUUGCGGUCUGCCAGAGAGUGUGGAACAUGGACAAUAUAUUUUGGUAUCGAAUGUUACCUAUUAUGGUGCUGCUGUGUUAUACGAAUGUGAUCCUAACUACCAGCUGGAUGGCCAUACUCGAAGAUUGUGUAUGGAAAAUGGCACCUGGAGUUCUGAAAGUCCAUCUUGUAAAGAGGUAUUAUGUUCUGAACCAGAAAGCAGUGAUAGUAUAUCAGUAAAAGUUUACAAACACAGUGUCGGAGGCAUUGCUCAAUAUUCUUGCGCCAAAGGCUUUUAUAUGGAAGGAAAUGCAAGCAGAGAAUGUCUCAGUAAAGGUAGCUGGAGCGGUAGAACACCUGUUUGUAAACCCAUAGUUUGCGAUCAUCCUCCACCCAUUGAUAAUGGACGAGUCAUCAUAGUCAAUAACUCCAGGACGUAUAACAGCGCCAUCGAGUACCACUGUGUUCCUCAUUAUCAACGUGUAGGUCCAUAUUUGCGAAAAUGCAUGGAUAACGGACGGUGGUCGGGAGAAGAACCAAAAUGCGAAUUAAUCAAAGCAGACGGACGAGAAAGUCAAACGGUCAGUUUCUUCAUUAGUAUCGGUAUCGGAGCCAUUCUAUUCCUUUUAUUCCUGCUCGGAGUCGUGUAUUUAAAACUGAAAAAACCUAAACCAGUGAAAAACACAGAAAACGUGCAAGGAGCUAAUAAAAAAGAAGAAGAAGGAGCUGCUGCAAUGUCUUACGCUAGUCUGAGCGACGGUAAUGCCAGCAAUAUCUACGAACACAUACCUGGAAGCGAAGACAGUAUGUACGAUUCUCCUUACGAAGGUCUAAGUCACUACGAACCAUCGCCCAUAUCUGGUCGCAGUAACGCGGCCACAGUCACCAUUAACGGAGUAGCUGUCCGUUAAUUAUUAUUGACCGAUUACCUUUUUUGUUUAUGUGUUUUUUUCUCUCCUUUUGUUUGGUUAAAAUUUUUUUAUCUCGUAUUAUUACGUAUGCGUCUGGAUCUCCACGUUAUUUAUUUAUUUUACAAGUACGCUCGCUCGGUUCGGUCCGAGUCGACAUAUGGGAUGUUAUAUGAGAAAUGGAAUCAGUUCCUUCGAAAUCGAAAAUAUUACUCGUCGUGGAUUCAUCUCACUAUAAUAUAUUAUAUAACCAUUAUCAUCUCGUCAUCGUAUGUGUGUGUGUGUGUGAGUCGGAGUCGUGAUCUAUCAAUCUACACGUUUUCGUUUCCCCUCCCUCCCUCCAUCCCUCUUUGAUGACAUUCAUUCGCAGCGAAUAAUUAAUCACAAAAAUUGAGGCUAGUCUUUCGUUGAUUUUAUAUAGGUAGAUAACAUUUUUGUUGAAUGUGAUAAUCGUGUACAUUAUGAUUGUAUAAACUAUUUUCUUGUUUUCGUAUAUUUUUAUAUUGUUUUAUAAGUUUUUCUUUUUUUUUUUGUUUAAUUUUUUUUCUCUGUCUCGUGAACAAAAAACAUAUAAUUUUGUAUAUAAUUUUAGCAUAAGUAGGUAUGUAUUUUAUAGAACGAGUUUUUUAUUUUAUAUACCUACCUGCUAACUACGUUCGCAUUGAAUAAUAAAAAAUGUGAUAUUUUUACUGUACGAAAGGUUGAAGAAAUUUUUCUCACAAAUUUCUCUCAUUACGACUUUGAAGUUGUAAUCAAUUGUGUAAAUUAAAUGUUUUGGAUUAUCAUCACUGAAAAUAAAAAAUAAAGUUUACGUUUUUA